UUCCAAAUAAUGAUACCAAACUUCCAACCCUAGUUUUGAGCAUGUAAUGAAGAACAAUGUAAGGAGAUGGACUAGGAAGAUAUGGUGGGGAGAGGGCUCUACUUUGCUAUUUCAUGUUUUGGGUUUUCUUCUUCUGGUAAGGCAGAUGAGAAGGAUCGGCCCCAUUCACAUAUGUGAGUAUUAGAAAAGAAAGAGUAGUGUUUUCUUAUGAGAUACUUCAUUUAUAGUGUGUCUCUUUUUUUAUAGAUUUUUUGUUAGUAAUGUUUUCUCGAAUAGCGAUUAUGUAAUAGUGGGAUGGGAUCGCGUCACUUCCCCUAAGGGAUGUGAGUUUCACAUCCAAGGACAAUUUAGGUAAUGACAAUAAAUAGAAUUUAUUAAUUAUUGUUUUAGUAUUAAUUACACAAUAAAAAUUAAAAACUCAUCUUAAAUACAUUUUUUUAAAUAUUUAAAUCAUACAAUUAAUAUACUUACAUCUCUCUCUUCCUUUUCCAGCAGCCUCUUCGCUCCGAUCGUCAAACUUUCUUUGACCGCCAGACUUUGUCCAGGUGAAAUCCUCCAAUCAGACUCGCUUCGGCGAUCUGCAAAAAAACCACUCCGUCAAUGCGCUAGUGGUACUGAUUUUCGUCUAGUGGUGGUAUCACUACCAAUAGUAGCAGUACUAGUGGUAGCGUACCACUAGAGGAAAAUUAGUACCACUAGAGAUUAACAUAAAAAAAAUCAGAUCUGGAAUCUGAAAAAAUCCCAAAUCUGGGGGGGGGGGGGGGGAAGGGAUGAGGAAUGGAGAAGGCAGGGGAGAGGACGUUACCUCUGUAGCGGCGGCAGUGGAUGAGGGCGGCGGCAGAGGAGGACGACGAGAGAGAAAUGGCAGCGACAAGGGGUGGAGGGAGGCGAUAGGGCUGCGGCGGGGAGAGCGUGAUGGAGUGGCAGUGGUGGGAGGCAGAGGGCGCGACGGCUGCGGCAGGAGGGAGAGAUGGAGGGGGAUGAUGCGACAAGGGUUCUGGGGAGAGGGGAGAGAGGACGUGUGUGAGGGGGAGAGUUUUUUCUAAUGAAAAGAGAUCAUAUAGAAAAUGAGAAAGGAUUAUGUAUGGUAAUAUUUUUCAUUCCAAGAAUAUCUUUCUUUUAAGGAAAAAUACAGUUGUAUAUCCACAACUAUCAGGUUUGUUACAAAUAUAUCCACAACUAUCGAAAUACACGAAAUAUCCAAAAAUCGGAAGGUUGUGUGACAAAUCUAUCCACUUCUGUUUGAAACUAUAACGGCGUGUCAGACGGCGUUAAAUUGACUAAUGGAAUGUUGAAUCGAUGUCAUCUCACCUACCACAUAAGCCAAAAAGCAACCAAACUUUACACGUAGAUGCCAAAUAGGCUAGUUGAAUAAAGGCAAAAUAUAGUUGUAUAUCCACAACUAUCAGAUUUGUGACAAAUAUAUUCACACUUAUCGAAAUACACGAAAUAUCCAUUUCCGUCCACUCCGUUAACUUGAUGACUGGACAGACGGUGAAUGCUUAGUUGGUGUGUUUCUAACCCCACUGAAUGACGUGGAUUAAAAGAGAUUUUUUUUUAAACCCUAAACACCACAGACGGCGAGACUAAAAAUCCAACCCAGAAACAUGCCCGAUAACCACUGAUCCUCCUCCGAUCGAUGCCUCCACCCCCAAAUAAUCCUACCACAAUCCCCAACCAUUGUCUCCCUUUUACUCCGACAGCUUCCAUGCAGUCGGCGCCAUGGUGAUACCAAGUUUGAAUCUCAAACAAAAAAGCUUGAAUCUAACCAAAUCGCCAACAGAGAAGACUGCAACAACGAGGUCUAACAGAUAACGGUGUAAAGUUUGGUUGCUUUUUGGCUUAUGUGGCAGGUGAGAUGGCAUCGAUUCAGCAUUCCGUUAUUCAAUUUAACGUCGUCUGACACGCCGUAAUAGUUUCAGACAAAAGUGGAUAGAUUUGUCACACAACCUUCCGAUUUUUGGAUAUUUCGUGUAUUUCGAUAGUUGUGGAUAAAUUUGUCACAAACCUUAUAGUUUUGGAUAUACAACUAUAUUUUGGCUAAUUUUUUUUCCUCUUUUAAUCCACGUCAUUUAGUGGGGUCAGAAACACGCCAACUAAGCAACCACCGUCUGUCCAGUCAUCAAGUUAACUGACGGAGUUAACGGAGUGGACAGAAAUGGAUAUUUCGUGUAUUUCGAUAGUUAUGGAUAUAUUUGUCACAAACCUGAUAGUUGUGGAUAUACAGCUGUAUUUUGCCUUCUUUUAAUCCUAACUAUCAAUUUGAAAAAGAAAAAAAAAACAGAGGAGAGAGCGUAUCCAAUUGUUAGGAAGUGGGUAGUCAAUCUCACAACCCCUAAAGAGAAUUGUGACCGUAUCCUAUCCAACAAAAAAAUGUUUAUGAUUCAUAAUAAUAGUGAUUAUGUUAUCAUGAUGUACAAUUUCUAAAUCACUACAAAUAACAACUAACAUUGCAAUAAAAUAUAAAAUCACUA